AAUGAAAGUAGCCUAUUUUAGCUCGGAAAUUAACUCAAUCAUUUACCCCAUAAACUGAGAGUAGUACGGGGGAAAAGCAUAGCUUUAACAUAGCUCAUGAUUUGGUUAUUUUAUUUGCCGAAAUGUGUCUUCUAUAUCUGUUUUGCCGAUGUAGUUUAUGUGGUCUCUUCCACUCUGUAAUUCACAUCGGAAACACGACUGAGUUUCGGAGAGGAAAAACAAAAAAGAAAAGGAAAAUAACUAGAAAAACAAUUCUCGUCUUACAGAAUUACAACUGCCAGAGUACAUGAACGUUACAUCAUUGAAUAGAAAUUGCGGCCUCUAGUGGUGAAAAUGUGACAACACACUGUACCAUGUGACAAGUGGUCUCUGAAAUCGAGAUAAAAUCGUGACUGUUAUCAAUAAAAUAGGUGAAUUUAAUUAAGUAGCAUUAAUUUGUAUACAAUAUACUACAAAAUAAAACGCAACAAAUGUAUUUAUAAUGGGCAAUUCCUUCAUUUCAAAUUUUUUAAAGCAAGAAAAUGUAAAAGAAAAAAGCCAGUUGUAACUUUCACACUGUGGGGUAAAAACUAAGACAAAACAAAACACGCAUUACUUCUUAAGGGUAAAAAAAAAACUAUUAUAACUGCAUAAUCAAUCAAAUUAAUUAAAUGCCAGUUGAUGAGAUAAGCGCCUUCUUCCUGCAGCAGUUGUCAUCAUCAGCACCAGAGCAACCAGUGCUGGCACUCUCAUAAAAGAAACUCCACUGGCCGACUGACUGUGUCUGAUUACACGAGAUUGUUACUUAGCAGUACCGCCUUCACCAGGCAAAAAAAAAACAACAAAAAAACAAAAAAACAAGGCCUCCUGCAAAUAAACGUAACGGGAAUCUGCUUCUCUCCGCUUCUUCGUAUGCUGAACUGGACUGAUAAUAAUGGAGCUUUCGUGUGAGUCAGUGAGAUAUCCUGAGGAUAGAAGACCGACCAGUUGUAAGUUUGUGGAGCUUCAUGUGCUUUAUGUGCCAGAUGACCAGUGGAAUGUAAAGCUGAAUAAAGUCCCCGCUGAAGCCAUAGAGAGCUUCAUAUCUGCUGGCUUCAUCAGGGUUCAUCCUGAUAUCACCUUGAAAACUCUGAGAAGUGAGCUGGGAGCUCUUCUUGGAGCCGAAAGGAGCAUCGACAAAUUCUCCUUCCUGAAAUGUGUGGGGCGCAGUUUGGCUCUGGUCAAAAGCAAACAGGAGAGGGAUCUAAAAGUGAAAACAUUCGCUCCACCGUAUGCCGCGCAGCCGGAGCUUUACCUGCUGCCUGCUGUGGAGAACGACAGCAGUGUUUACUCCCAGUCUCUCACCCCAGACACCAGCAGCAGCUCCUCAGACCACCAGACAUAUUACCCUCCCAAGACGUGCGGCCUGCCAGCAAGGACAAAGGAGCCUGUUAAAUUCCCGCAUAUCACCCAGUGUUCCCAUCAACCACCUCCCACCCCCAGCCUGGAAGAGGAGGACGAGAAGGAAGAAGAAGAAGAAGAAGAAGAUGAGGAGGAGGAGGGAGAGGAGGAGGAGCGAAGCUACAGCUCUUUGGAGGCAGAGGGAGAAAAUGAAGCGGAGGUUCUCUCCUCCACCAAGCCUGACUGGGGAGAGCAGGAGCAUUGCCCGAGAAAGUCACACAAUCAAAGGGCAGCGCUGCCCGUUUCACAGAAUAAAGCUUUACGACUGUGUGAAGCUGAUGCAGCUCGAGUGAAAGAGUUGCCAAAGGAAGAAGAAAGCAGCAGAAAGAAGACACACUACCACAGACCAAACAGAGCGGCCAGAGAUUCAGGAGUAGCCGAGUCCCUGGAGGACAGAGAUUCAGGCUUGUCCCUCACAGACGGGCUUGGGAAAUCAAAAGAUGCACACACAUUUAAAUCUACCAGGAAUAAACCAACAAGUGAGGUGACAGAAAGUCUGGCUGUGUUGUCUCGGCCUGUUCGGUGUACUUCUCCACCUCCGGGUCUAGACCUGGCCUCGGCUGCAAAGAAAUCUGCUGCCUCUCCUAUCUUUCAGACAAACAGAGAGGAACUAAUCGAGGAAAUCAAGCUGGUGAGAGAGGAGAGAAAACAGCUGGAGUGGACGAGGCAAGAGUUGUUAAGAAAGGGGAAAGACCUGUUGGCCCAGAACAGACACCGCAGGAACCAAGCACGUGACAGUUGGAAAAAGAAAUAUUUUGACACCAAGAAGGCCACAGCACCACUGGAGGACAAUCUGAGAAAUGUACGGCAAGACUUGGAGACAUUUUACAACAAACUCUUGCACCAGCUCCACGCCAGAGACAACAGAGGCAAGCCAAGAAGGCAGGGCCGAUCUUCUAUAAAGAUUAUGUGUUUUCAGAAUGAGCUCAUCAUUCAGAUCAUGACAGAGAGCCAUGAGAUUGACAACCUGAAGAGGAAGGUAGAGGAUGCCAAGAUGAAGCUGGUAACAGAGAUCAAAUUGAGGAAACAGGCAGCCACAGAGCUGAGGGCGCUGAAGGCUGAGCUGGCCCAGAAGAAGAGCCAGUCAUCUCAUCCUGGACCUGUGGCCUCUCUGGGCUUUCGAAAUACCACACGGGACAAACCACAAGUUCAAAGUAGCUCCAUCUAGUUCAGUAUGAACAAAACUGUAAACUGUUGUCUGGCAUUUCUAUGCUGGGACAAAUGGAUUCUGCUCUGGCAAAUUUUUCAGGAGAGUAAAUGAAAAAUGACUUAAGUGACUGAAAAUUUAUGUUUGUUUUUUAUUCUUUUAUUAUCUUUUCAACAUGGCUGUUUUGUACCCGAGUUUUGUUUUUUGGUGUCU